AUGCGGUAUGUCGUGAAUCAACGCAGCUGCGAGAGCGAAGUCAUGGCCACACGAAGUGAAAACGAGAGAGGGAUGAGCGACGCUUCGUUCGACACGAGCAUUCAGAUGAAUGCAAGGGGUCGUGACGUGCAGAUCACGAGGAGUGACUUCUUCACGCAGGCGUGCCGCGCGGUGUGGCCGGGGGAUGAACCCGUGCCAGCGGCCAUUCCGGACGCCUUCCUGUCGUGAUAUUUGAGGGUGUACGAUAGGCUGCUCAUGGGGCGUGAGGGAUGGGGUGUGUGCUGGACGAAGUCUUGCUCACGAGGAUUUGGAAGAUUUGCGCGUCGAUAUGCAUGUACAUGCCGUGCUUUUUUUUCAUGGCUGGUUGGUUCCGGAUCGAGCAGACCGUCGAGGAUUGUGCGUGGUUUGCCGGGGGUCUUGUCUCCGCACGUUGUUGAGUUCGCUGGGCUAAUUUCGAUAAAUGGUACCGGCAAGGCACGCGUCGUUGAGAGUAGCGGUGGUGCAUUCUACAAAUAGCAUUGGCAAAGAGCAUUGUCACAUUUUGAAGUCACACCCGUAGGAGGGAGUAGGCAUGUGUAUAUCGAGGUCAGCGUGGUGUGGGAACGAAGACAACGAAAAAAAACCUUCUACGU